GGUGAUAUAUGUUUUUAACAAUUGUUACAGAGAGAGGAUCAAGAAUCAACUAAAGAUCGAUGGCACGAGAUCAAUUGCAAGUGCUAAACGCACUUGAUGUCGCUAAAACCCAACUUUACCAUUUCACCACCAUUGUCAUCGCCGGAAUGGGCUUCUUUACCGACGCGUACGAUCUCUUCAGUAUCUCACUGGUCGCUAAGUUGUUAGGACGCCUCUAUUACACCAAGGCCGGUGCACCAAAGCCCGGAGUUCUUCCCCCGAGUGUUUCCUCCUCCGUCACCGGUGUCGCACUCGUCGGAACCCUCAUCGGACAACUCUUCUUCGGGUGGCUCGGUGACAAAAUGGGACGGAAAAAGGUCUACGGACUAACUCUCCUCAUUAUGAUCGUAUGUUCGAUUGCCUCCGGCUUUUCCUUCGGCCAUACUCCAAAGGGUGUAAUGGCGAGUCUAUGUUUCUUCCGAUUUUGGCUUGGCUUCGGCAUUGGUGGCGACUACCCUCUCUCCGCCACCAUCAUGGCAGAAUACGCUAACAAGAAGACUCGUGGUGCUUUUAUCGCCGCGGUUUUUGCCAUGCAGGGUAUGGGGAUCUUAUUCAGUGGGAUAAUAUCUCUGAUUGUGUCAUCGGCGUUUGACCACAAGUUCCACCGGCCGACGUACGAGCAGAAUCCGGCCCUCUCCACACCGCCGGAAGCCGACUACGUGUGGCGCAUUGUCUUGAUGUUCGGCGCUUUACCUGCCGCCUUAACUUUCUACUGGCGCAUGAAGAUGCCGGAAACCGCCCGUUACACCGCCCUCGUAGCCAAGAACGCUAAACAGGCAGCGACAGACAUGGGCAAAGUUUUGAAUGUGGAGUUUGAAGCUGAAGAAGAGAAGGUAGAGAAGAUAUCACGAGGCAAAGCCAACAACUUUGGCUUAUUUUCUAAGGAAUUCCUCCGCCGCCACGGCCUCCAUUUGUUCGGAACCACCUCCACCUGGUUUCUUCUGGAUAACGCCUUUUACAGCCAAAAUCUCUUCCAAAAAGACGUCUUAUCCGCUAUUGGAUGGAUUCCACCGGCCAAAACCAUGAGCGGCCUUCACGAAGUCUUCAGAAUCGCUAAGGCCCAAACCCUAAUCGCGCUUUGCAGCACAGUCCCCGGCUACUGGUUCACGGUGGCAUUCAUCGAUAUCAUGGGGAGAUUCGCAAUCCAACUAAUGGGAUUUUUCUUCAUGACGGUGUUCAUGUUCGGCAUUGCCCUUCCUUACGACCACUGGAAAACUCAUCACCUUGGAUUCGUCAUUAUGUACGCCCUCACAUUCUUCUUCGCCAAUUUUGGGCCCAACGCCACAACGUUCGUCGUGCCAGCUGAAAUAUUCCCAGCCCGAUUAAGGUCCACGUGCCACGGAAUAUCAGCUGCAGCAGGAAAAGCGGGCGCCAUUAUUGGUGCUUACGGGUUUCUUUACGCCGCACAAAACCAAGACAAAGCAAAGACCGACGCUGGUUAUCCACCAGGUAUUGGUAUUAAGAAUGCUCUGAUUAUUCUUGGAUGCAUCAAUGCACUUGGAAUGAUUUGCACUUUUGCUGUUCCCGAGUCCAAUGGAAAAUCACUCGAAGAGGCAUCCCAAGAAACUUUUGGUGACGAUGACAAUGAAGCUGAAGAAGCUUGAAUUGUGGAUUUGUUCUUUACUUUAUGCAGUUUUGUUUGACAUAUAUUUGUUUUGGAAAUUUCUGUAAGAAUAGCCGGUGUUCUUUGUGUCAUUUGAUUUGAUUUACGUUUAUAAGUUUGUAUUCUUUUGUAAUGAUUCUUGAAUUGUUUUUCUGAUCUUGUAUUUUUUAUGAGAU